CCGGCCGCCGCCCCGCCGCUGCCAUGCGCCCGCCGCUCGCGCUGCUCCUCCUGCUGCGGCUCGCGCCGCCUGUGGCCGCGGCGGCUGCAGAGGCGCCCGUGAGCGCGCGCCGCAGCCUGGUGUGGGGACCGGGUCUGCGGGCGGCCGUCGUCCUGCCCGUCCGCUAUUUCUACCUGCAGGCGGUCAGCGCGCAGGGCCAGAACCUCACUCGCUCACCCCCAGGUCAAACAGUAUUCAAAGUAGUAGUCAAACCUCUGUCAUCUAAAGAGGUAGCCCGGAUUCAUGUCCCUGCACCUUUGGACAGGAAUGAUGGGACAUUUUUGGUGCGAUACAGAAUGUAUGACACUGUCAACAAAGGGCUGAAGAUAGACGUCCUUUAUGGUGAUGAACAUGUGGCUCAGUCUCCCUAUAUUUUGAAAGGCCCAGUGUUCCAUGAGUACUGCGAGUGUCCAGAAGAGGAUCCUCAGGCCUGGCAGGAAGCUCUUUCUUGUCCAACCUGGGAGCCCCAGAUCGAAGAAGAUUUUGCCUCCUUCCCCACCAUCAACCUCCAGCAGAUGCUAAGUGAAGUUCCCAAAAGAUUUGGGGACGAGAGGGGUGCCAUUGUUCAUUACACAAUUCUUAACAACCACAUUUACCGGCGGUCUUUAGGGAAAUACACAGACUUCAAAAUGUUCUCUGAUGAGAUUUUGCUGUCGCUGGCAAGAAAGGUUCGUCUCCCAGAUUUAGAAUUUUAUAUUAAUCUUGGCGAUUGGCCCUUGGAACAUCGAAAAAUCAAUGAAACCCCCAGCCCUGUACCUGUCAUUUCCUGGUGUGGCUCUCUGGAUUCAAGAGAUGUGAUCCUUCCAACAUACGAUGUCACCCACUCCACACUCGAAGCAAUGAGGGGUGUUACGAAUGAUCUGCUUUCUAUUCAGGGAAACACAGGGCCUUCCUGGAUCAAUAAAACAGAGAAAGCUUUCUUCAGAGGUAGAGAUAGUCGGGAAGAGAGGCUGCAGUUGGUACAGCUGUCCCAAGAAAACCCACAGCUGCUAGAUGCAGGAAUUACAGGCUAUUUCUUUUUCCAAGAGAAAGAAAAGGAGCUUGGAAAAGCCAAGUUAAUGGGCUUUUUUGAUUUCUUUAAGUACAAGUACCAAGUGAACGUGGAUGGGACUGUGGCUGCGUAUCGGUUUCCGUACCUCAUGCUGGGUGACAGCUUGGUGCUGAAGCAGGAUUCUCCAUACUAUGAACAUUUCUACACCACACUGAGGCCUUGGAAACACUAUGUUCCAGUUAACAGGAAUCUUAGUGACUUACUAGAGAAAGUUAAAUGGGCCAAAGAAAAUGAUGAAGAAGCCAAGAAGAUUGCAAAAGAAGGACAGCUGGCUGCUAGAGACCUGCUACAGCCACACAGGCUCUACUGCUACUAUUACCGAGCCCUGCAGCAAUAUGCCGAACGCCAGUCCAGCAAACCUGAGCUACGUGAUGGAAUGGAACGUGUUCCUCAGCCCGAUGACACCUCCACCUGCCAGUGCCACAGGAAGGGGCCUUUGAAGGAAGAGCUUUAAGGCCACCCAAACUCACACUCCUCUGUAUCCAGCUGCAUCUGUGAGGGAGGACUUCAAAUAGACGCUAAGAUGCAAAGGAAGUACAGGAGACUUCACCCAGUGGGCCACUUCUGCUGGUGGCUUUAUAUAAUGUGGCCCAAUAUAGCAAUAUUUGAGCAAGUAUUACCAGGUUAUCUUUGGAUAUUAACUUCUUUCAAGUAAAAACUGCUACUUACUGUCAGCAUCAAAAUUUCUCUGAAAGGGAUAUUUGCAGAUCAUAGAAGAUAGAAGCUUGCCACAAUAUGUCUCCCUGUGCUUCUCUAUUCACUGGCUUAUUUCUGUGUCGUUUACUUUCUCUCUUCUUCCAAUAACGAAGAGAAAACUUUUGUUUCCUCCUCACUGUGGCCUCUCUCGCAAGCUGCUUUUGGCAUUCAGUAAUAGCAGCUUCUUGGAAAGUCUGAUAAGAAUAGUUACGGUGGAAACUAUAGAGGAACUAGUUUUCUAAAGUACUGCUCAUGUAUUAUUAGCUAAUUUUUGAGAUAAAAAUUAAAAAGAAGCAUGGCACUGCAUACUUGUAAUUUUCCCAGCGCUCGAGAGGCUAAGACAGAAAAAUCACCAUGAGUUUGAGGUCAGUCUGGGCUACACAGUAAGUUCAACACCAAUCUGAAGGACACAGGGAGACCCUGUCUCAAAACAGCAGCAACAGAGGAGAGACUGUGCCUUAAACUGGUUAUUCGCAGUCCGUCUGGGUUGUACACCCACUAUCAACAACAGUUAUUUGUGUAGGUAAAAGCAUCUUAUAGGCAUCUUUCAUUAUCUGUAUACUAACUGGGUAAAGGGUAACUAUUGUCAAGUGUAAGUCUGUUUUUAAACAUAAAAACAAUCCUGGAAAACAUCUACAAUAAGCUUCAGGAACCCUGACGUCCUGGGAUUUACUAAUAAGCUGACAAGAGAGGCAAGCGCAUAGCCUCACGGUACCCGUCACCUGCUUCAGCGGAUUUCAUUGCCAAGAUAAAGACUUUGGAAAUUGCCUCUGCCUUUUCGACAGGGUCAGGACAUAGUACUCACAGCCCAGAAAGUCAUUACACCUUCCUUGUAGUUCUGUCAGUCCAAGAUUUAGUUUGUAACAGAACAUGCUCUAACAACAUGCUAGCCACACUGCUAUUGCAGAAGUAUUUACUCCCAUAAUUGAAACGUUUUAAUAUAAAAAUAGUGUAACAUUGUAAACCAAGUUUAGACUAAAAACAAAAACAGAAUUUCUUAUUUCUUUUCUUCCUGGUAAGAUUUUCCUGAAGAAAACACAAGGUAGUUCCUCAAAAGGACCAAUCCCCUGAUUCCAGGAAACAUUUCAGUUCCGGAUUCAGCCCUAAGAUGUUAGAAGUAUUAUAAAUAUUUUUUACUGUUUUAUACAGCUAACUAAAUUUAUCUUCACUCUUUUUGAAGAGAAAUAACCCAGCCUUUUUUUCAGUAGACAAAAACAAAACUAAAUUUCAGGACAAUAUAAUCAAAACCAGGUAUCUAAAGCAAAUUUGAACACCCACUAAUUGUUUAAAAGUGUACAAGUGUAAAUGAAAGGGCAAGCCGUCCUGAGUCCGUACUCUGAGGAAUGGCCUCGUACAUCGAUUAUCCUCAUGGCUGGGCUUGUCAAAACUGGAAUUAAGGAGAAGAGCUUGCUUUCUUCCUUCUGCCCUCCCACACACGAGGUGCUGACGGCUAGUAGUGUUUGUUAGAAACACUUCAAAUUAUAAAAGUUGAUGUUAGCUGCUUCCAAUGGUCCUCGUACUUAAAAGGAAGCUGACGACAUUCAGAAAGCUUCAAGGAGUGGAACAGGAAGGAUGUGCCUGAGAAAUAAAAAGGAGCCUCUCAAGAUAUUCGCAGGGAGUGAGCGGCCUCACCUAGAAUAUAACCCUCCGCCCACCAGACUGACUGCGCGGUUUCAGGAGAGUUAGUUCCCACGGCUGUGUGUUGACUCAAACAGAACCAAGUAGAAAUGCAAUUACUAAAACCUCAGUUCUUUACCCUUUCAGUUAACACACUACCCACCUAGUCCAUUAGCCAUUUUUAAUACUGCAGCUUCCAUAUAAAAAUCUGAAUUUUAAAAGGAGAGAGAAGUGUAAGGAUAUACAAGUAAAUAUAAGAACCUGUUUAAAUAAGCUGUCAGCAUGUUUGUUUAUGCGUUAAUACAGAAACACCCUAAGUGGUCACUAUUAGAGAAUUAGCUAAAUGCAUCCUUGAUGCAUCCUUGAUGCAUCCUUGAUGCAUCCUUUGCUUGAUGCAUCAAGGCAUCAAGCAAAACCAUUAAAGAGAAUGAAAAAGCUUUAAUUAUACAAUCAUGACAAUGAUUCAAUGAAAAACAAUUUAUAGAAACAUACCGUGAAACAAUUUACAUAAAAAAGAGAAUGGUGCAAAGUUUGGAAGGAAAGCCAGUGUGAGGAGGGAUGGAGAGAAGAAAAUUGGGGUUUCUUGCUUUAAAAAAAAAAAAAAUCUCAGGGGCUGGGGAUUUAGCUCAGUGACAUAAGCACCGGCCUUGCAAGCAGGUGGUCGUGAGUUCGAUCCCCAGAACCGAUUUUUUUAAAAAAAUCUCUUGGGUCAGAGAUUUAGCUCAGCGGUGUAAGCACCAGCUGGGCAAAUGCAUGGUCGAGAGUUUGAUCCCGUACCAAAAAAAAAACUCUUUGCUUUAUAUCUUUUUAUAAUAUUUAAAUUUUUUCUUACAAAUAUGAAUCAAAUUAUAAAGAAAAAUGCCACCUGGGAAAGACAGUAAAUGCACAAAAGACAAAUAGUAAAAGAAAAUAGAUAAUUGUGUUUUCCAUUAUGCUACUUUAGAAUAUUAUGUCAUGAACAUGUUAUAUAUGCUUUUUAAAUAAAGUAAAUUUUCUAUAUAAAA